GACAGGCGGUUGGCAUCGGCCUGCAACCGUCAACCCCGGGCGGUUGGCGACAUGAAGCGAGUUUUUACUCUUUCUGAAAAGUCUUUGCUCAGUACUCCAGUUCAAUUCAUCUGGCAAAAGACGUUAGGCAAUUAUCUUGCUGUGACAGGUUCUGAUCAUUCUGUGAAAAUAUUUGAUCGUCAUGGACAAAAAAGAAGCGAAAUUAACCUGCCUGGCAACUGUGUUGCCAUGGAUUGGGAUAAAGACGGCGAUAUCCUAGCUGUGAUUGCUGAGAAAUCGAGUUCCAUCUACCUGUGGGACGCUAACACCAGCAAAACCAGCCAGCUGGAUAGCGGCAUGAGGGAUCAAAUGUCUUUUCUAGUUUGGUCAAAAGCUGGGGCUAUUCUGGCUGUUGGAACUGUUAAGGGAAAUUUGCUCAUUUACAAUCGUCAGACUUCUCGCAAGAUUCCUAUCCUAGGGAAGCAUACCAAGCGGAUCACAUGUGGCUGUUGGAGUUCUGAAAAUCUGCUUGCAUUAGGUAGUGAAGAUAAAGUGGUCACAGUUAGUAAUCAGGAAGGUGACACUAUAAGACAGACUCCAGUGAGAUCAGAGCCUAGUGCUAUGCAGUUCUCAAUGAUGAAGACUGAUGACAGAACCUCUGGGACAGAAAGCACGAUAAGCGUGGUGGUUGGCAAGAAAACUCUGUUUCUUUUUAAUAUGAACGAUCCAGAUAGCCCAAUUGAUCUGGAAUUUCAGCAGCGCUAUGGUAGCAUCGUUUGCUACAGUUGGUACGGCGAUGGCUACAUCAUGAUCGGUUUCUCUCGAGGGAUCUUCGUCGUCAUUUCUACGCAUAUUCGGGAGAUUGGUCAGGAGGUCUUUCAAGCCCGCAACCAUAAGGACAACCUCACUAGCAUUGCAAUAUCACAGUCCCUCAACAAAGCUGCUACAUGUGGAGAUAACUGCAUUAAGAUCCAUGACCUGUCAGAGUUAAAAGAAAUGUACGCUAUAAUCAACUUGGAUGAUGAAAACAAAGGGCUAGGAAGUCUGUCUUGGACGGAUGAUGGGCAGUUGUUGGCAGUGUCUACGCAAAAAGGCUCACUUCACGUCUUCCUGACCAAGCUUCCGAUUCUUGGUGACACCUGCAGUACCCGAAUUGCACAUCUCACCUCUCUUUUGGAAGUCACCGUAGCCAAUCCAGUAGAAGCAGAGUUACCCAUCACGGUUUCUGUUGAGGUGGAGCCCAACUUUGUAGCCGUCGGCCUUUAUCACUUAGCUGUGGGAAUGAACAACCGCGCGUGGUUUUACGCCCUUGGAGAGAAUGGAGUAAAAAAACUGAAAGAUGUAGAGUAUCUGGGGACGGUAGCAAGUAUGUGCCUUCAUUCGGACUAUGCCGCAGCCCUUUUCGAGGGCAAAAUUCAGUUGCAUAUGAUAGAAAGUGCAAUUCUGGAUACUCAAGAAGAACGUGAAACUCGAUUAUUCCCAGCAGUGGAUGAUAAAUGUCGCAUCUUGUGCCACGCUUUAACUGGUGACUUCCUGAUUUAUGGUACAGAUACUGGUGUUAUUCGGUAUUUCUUCAUUGAAGAUUGGCAAUAUAUAAAUGAAUAUCGGCACUCUGUCAGCGUGAGAAAAAUCUUUCCAGAUCCCAAUGGGACUAGAUUGGUUUUCAUUGAUGAGAAAAGUGACGGUUUCGUCCAUUGUCCGGUUAAUGAUGCUAUACACGAAAUUCCAAAUUUCUCCCCGACCAUUAAAGGCAUCCUCUGGGAAAAUUGGCCAAUGGAUAAAGGUGUAUUUGUUGCCUAUGAUGAUGAUAAAGUCUAUACGUAUGUCUUUCACAAGGACACUAUACAAGGGUCCAAGGUGAUUUUGGCAGGGAGCACCAAGGUUCCCUUUUCUCAUAAGCCAUUGCUUUUGUAUAAUGGAGAACUAACCUGCCAGACCCAGAGUGGGAAAACAAACAGUAUCUGCCUUAGCACGCAUGGCUUUCGGGGCAAUUUAAAGGAUGCUGGCCCUAAUGAGCUGAAAGAAAUACUCACCCAGACUUUAAUGCUGAAAAGAUUUUCUGAAGCAUGGGAGGUGAGCAAAUUACUGAAUGACCAAGCUGCUUGGAGUGAACUAGCCAGGGCCUGCCUACAUCACAUGGAGGUGGAGUUUGCCAUCCGGGUUUAUCGGACGAUUGGGAAUGUUGGGAUCGUGAUGUCCCUGGAACAAGUUAAGGGGAUAGAGGACCAUAACCUUCUAGCAGGACAUCUUGCCAUGUUUGAUAAUGAUUUCAGUCUGGCGCAAGAUCUCUAUCUGGCAUCCAGCUGUCCUAUUGCUGCCCUUGAGAUGAGACGAGAUUUGCAGCACUGGGACAGUGCACUGCAGCUGGCUAAACGUUUGGCCCCCGACCAGAUCCCGCUGCUCUCAAAGGAGUAUGCAAUUCAACUCGAAUUCACAGGUGAUUACGUGAACGCCUUGGCUCAUUAUGAGAGAGGAAUAACUGGUGAUAAUAAGCACCAGGACCACGAUGAAGCCUGCCUAGCCGGAGUAGCACAGAUGUCCAUUCGGAUGGGAGACAUCCGUCGAGGGGUUAACCAAGCCAUUAAACACCCCAGCAGACUGCUCAAGCGGGACUGUGGAGCCAUUCUGGAAAAUAUGAAGCAAUUUUCAGAAGCAGCCCAGCUGUAUGAGAAAGGGAAGUAUUACGACAAAGCAGCAUCUGUAUAUAUCCGCUGUAAGAACUGGGUGAAAGUUGGUGAGCUUCUCCCUCAAGUGUCUUCUCCAAAGAUUCACCUGCAGUAUGCCAAAGCUAAAGAAGCGGAUGGUAGAUACAAGGAAGCUGUUGUGGCUUAUGAGAAUGCAAAGCAGUGGGACAGUGUCAUCCGCAUAUAUCUGGACCACCUCGGUAACCCUGAAAAGGCUGUUACUAUUGUCAGAGAAACCCAGUCUCUUGAUGGAGCCAAAAUGGUAGCCAGGUUUUUUCGCCAGCUUGGUGAUUAUGGUUCUGCCAUCCAAUUUCUGGUCAUGUCCAAAUGUAACAAUGAAGCUUUUACGCUAGCCCAGCAGCACAACCAGAUGGAGAUCUAUGCUGAUGUCAUUGGUUCUGAAGGUGCUACCAAUGAAGACUACCAGAGUAUUGCCUUAUAUUUUGAAGGAGAAAAGAAGCAUUUUCAGGCUGGCAAAUUCUUCUUCUUGUGUGGUCAAUAUUCACGGGCCCUUAAACACUUCUUGAAAUGCCCUGCUUCGGAAGAUAACGUAGCAAUAGAAAUGGCCAUUGAAACGGUUGGGCAGGCAAAAGAUGAGUCUCUGACCAGUCAGCUGAUAGACCAUCUCAUGGGAGAGAGUGACGGCAUGCCCAAGGAUGCCAAGUAUCUGUUCCGUUUGUACAUGGCCCUGAAACAAUACCGAGAGGCUGCACGCACCGCCAUAAUCAUUGCCAGGGAGGAGCAGUCUGCAGGAAACUAUCGAAAUGCCCACGACGUCCUCUUCAGCAUGUACACAGAACUGAGAACCCGGAAGAUCACGAUUCCCUCGGAGAUGGCCACGAACCUUAUGAUUCUGCACAGCUACAUAUUGGUGAAGAUUCACGUGAAACGUGGGGAUCACAUGAAGGGAGCCCGCAUGCUGACUCGUGUGGCCAACAACAUUAGCAAAUUCCCCUCCCACAUCGUGCCCAUCCUGACGUCCACCGUGAUCGAGUGCCACCGGGCGGGCCUGCGGAGCUCGGCCUUCAGCUUCGCGGCAAUGCUCAUGCGGCCCGAGUACCGCAGCCGGAUCGAUCUCAAAUACCGCAAGAAGAUCGAAGCCAUGGUCAGGCGACCUGACACCUCAGAGGCCGAAGAGGCAACCACCCCGUGUCCGUUCUGUGAAUUCCCGCUUCCUGAGUGUGAGCUGCUCUGUCCUGGGUGCAAGAAUAAUCUCCCAUACUGCAUUGCCACGGGCCGACACAUGGUAAAAGACGACUGGACGGUCUGUCCGCACUGUGACUUUCCUGCUCUGUACUCAGAAUUCACAAACCUGCUCGACACAGAAAGUCCGUGUCCGAUGUGUUCCGAAAGACUGAACAGGGAUCAACUUGAGAAAAUCUCAGAUUGUGCCUCUUACCUCACCCAAGAAGUGGAGCAGUGAGUGUUUUUUCCAGGUGAAGAGUUGACCUGAACAGCCUGUGGCAACUGACCAGGCCUCAGUGAGCGGCUAGUGGCGAGGUGGGGGUGUCUGAGGAUUAGUCUUUCCCCAUCAAUCAGUUGAGCAGUAGCAUUGGAUCCUCUUUCCGUUACAGCCUCUGAUAUCAUCAUAUUCCGCAGUCCCUGCCCCUCAUCCAUUAAGAAGCACUGGCUUAGGAAUCAGAGGACCUAGGUUCUAAUCCCACCUC